GAGGCAGUGCUCGAGACGGUGCAGGCCGAGGUCAGCAAGGUCGAGGCCAACACAGCUGUCGUCCAGGAACUCCACCGAGUUGUCGAAACGCUGCAAACAACAGUCAAAAGUCAGCAGGUCGCGCUCGGGAUGCUCCAGCAGGCCCAGCUCCAGCUCCAAAAAACGCAACUCGACCAAAUGAGCGAUGUCGACACCAAACUAGCUGCCUUGGGUACCGGCACUAACUUGGAGCUGCAGACAGUUCACAACGACGAGCCGGAAGUGUCGAUGGUACCGAUGGAGACAUUCGUUCCUGUGCAAGAAGCUGUUGUCCGUCUCGAGGCCGCGAUCGCCAAGCUCGAACCGCUCGCAAGAACCGUUGACGAGCACUGCAAAGCCAGCGACAAGAGCUUCCAAUCGAUGACAGCCGCCAGGACAGGCUUUUGCAUGCCUUGGAGCGUGAGGUCGAGCGUGCUACAGAAGAGCUCCGAAAGAAGGCUGCAGAGAUAAAGAGCGGAGUCGACGCGGUCGCCGAGUCGUCACAAAGUACAGCGCAGCGCCUCUACCGACUCGUACACUUUCUUGGCGAUGCACUGCACCUGACGUUGGGAAGCGACUUGGACGCCAACACCAACUUGCUACCUGCCGUACACGUGCUAGCGGCCAAAUUACGCCACGAUAUUUCGUGUCUUCACCACAAAUUGAGUGACUGGAGACAAGUUCACCCUGGCUCAACCAUUGACGAAGCGGUCGUUAAACUUGAUGGUGCCAUGCGAGGUAUUGACGAUGCCAAGGACAAGGAUAUGGAAAGACAUGUGCAUGGGAUACUACCAGCGCUCCAUGCGAUCUUUCACGGCCUCAACGAGUCUGGCAAAGAGCCUGCGUUGACUCGCGUUGCUCAAGAGCUGCUUCUACAAGCGCAAGCCUACGUCUCCAUCGCUCCUGUACAUGUGCGGAUUCAAGGGAUCCAAGCUACGUUUGCGGCCCACAACAAAGUAGACAAAGAGCUGCGAGCGACCGCGUCCGAGCACGCGACGGCGCUCACUGCUUUGGACCAGCUCCAGACAGUGAUUAAGGCCAUUGGCAUCAAGCUCGACUACGUCGUCAACAACACUCAGGCACACCAACACCACGCUUUGUGCCGCUGCACACACCUUUCCAUAGACGAUGAUCAUCGAAGACGAUCUCAAGAGUGUUGUGAACCAGCUCAACGCCGAGCGCACUCAAGUGCGCGAGCAGCUGGAGCAAGCGAUCCGCGACGUCGGUGACUUGGCCGCCGAGCGCGAAGAAUCUAUCGAGCACGAGAUGUCGACGCUUGUGGCGCGACUUGGGUCCAAACCGGACCGUCAAGAGCUCUCGCGCGCGAAUCAAGCCCUCCAAGAUGAGAUUAGCCGCCUCGUACAGUCGACUGCCUCGGUCGACGACGUCAACGAGCUCGCGUCGUACGUGCGUCUCAAGCCCGACGUCGCCCAAAUCCAGCGCUUUGUCAACAAGCGUCUCGCUACGCUACAGACGCGAUCGAGUGAGAACCAUGAUGCGCCGCUGCUUAGCUCGAUGCCCGUGCGUUGCCUCUCGUGCCAAAACACGGUGCACGUCACCGAAGAGGCGCUGCAAAAGCCAUCUCGGGACAUCGUGGUGCCCUUCUCGGCCUCGUCCGUCCGACACGUGCAAAAGCAGCGCUUGGAACUCCUUGCGAAAGGUGGCACCGGUGAGAAACGCCCGAGCAAGAAAGGUCAAUAACGUUGCUGCGUCAUUCAUUGCAUUAUUAAG